UUCAUAUGAUGAGGCUUUUAUUAUGGCCAGUGACCCCUUGGAAGGCUUUCAUGAAGUGAACCUCGCUUCGCCUACUACACCAGAUCUCCUUGGAGUAAAUGAGCCAGGGACUCAGGAACAAACUACCUCACCCAGUGUUAUCUACCGACCACAUCCUUCUGUUGUGUCCUCUGCACCAAUCCAACCCAACGCGUUAAAUGUCUCUGACCUUCCCACACAACCUGUUUAUUCAUCUCCCAGACAACUGAAUUGUGGAGACGUAUCAGGUGUCAGCAUCAAUGUUACCGACGCAGUACUUUGUUCUACCUCUGGACCCCAGGGUGGGUCAUUCAAUCACAAUAAUUCCAGAAAGGAGAGCAAUAACGUAGAGAGAGAGUUUUUGCAGGGUGCUACAGUAGCAGAUGUUGCUGAAGGAAAUGAAGAUAUUUUUGGGUUGAGUACAGACAGUUUAUCUCACUUACGGAGCCCAUCUGUACUGGAAGUAAGAGAAAAGGGCUAUGAACGAUUGAAAGAAGAACUUGCAAAAGCUCAGAGGGAGCUGAAGUUAAAAGAUGAAGAAUGUGAAAGGCUUUCUAAAGUGCGAGAUCAACUUGGACAGGAGUUGGAAGAACUUACAGCUAGUCUGUUUGAGGAAGCACACAAAAUGGUUAAAGAAGCUAAUGUCAAACAAGCUGCAGCAGAAAAACAGUUAAAAGAAGCACAAGGAAAAAUUGAUGUCCUCCAGGCUGAAGUAGCAGCAUUGAAAACACUAGUACUGUCUACUUCACCGACAUCUCCAACUAAGGAGUUUCAGUCUAGUGGAAAAACUCCUUUUAAGAAAGGCCAUGCAAGAAACAAGAGUACAAGCAGUGCUAUGGGUGGCAGUCAUCAGGACCUCACCAUGAUGCAGCCAAUUGUAAAGGACUGUAAAGAGGCUGACCUGUCUUUGUACAAUGAAUUCAGAUCUUGGAAGGAUGAGCCUACUAUGGACAGAACAUGUCCUUUCUUGGACAAAAUUUACCGGGAAGAUAUUUUUCCAUGUUUAACCUUCUCAAAAAGUGAGUUGGCCUCAGCUGUUCUGGAAGCUGUUGAAAACAACACUCUGAGCAUUGAACCUGUUGGCUUGCAACCUGUUCGAUUUGUGAAAGCUUCUGCAGUUGAAUGUGGGGGACCAAAGAAAUGUGCUCUCAGUGGACAAAGUAAGUCAUGCAAGCAUAGAAUCAAAUUAGGAGAUUCAAGCAGUUAUUACUACAUUUCUCCUUUCUGUCGUUACAGGAUCACUUCGGUGUGUAACUUCUUUACGUAUAUUCGAUACAUCCAGCAAGGACUGUUGAAGCAGCAAGAUGUAUGUUUAAUGAUAUUUCUGUCUUUUUUUUUUCUUUUAGUGGAUCAGAUGUUCUGGGAAGUUAUGCAGCUGAGAAGAGAGAUGUCACUAGCAAAACUUGGCUAUUACAAGGAAGAGCUCUAAAUCUUUUUACUCUUGCGCAUGCAUGAACUUCAUUGAAUAUGCAUAAUUAAAAUCGCUGAAUCUUUUUUUGUCACUUGAUAUUUAUUUCCACAAAGUGGGUCCAAGAUCUUUCUCCUCUUGCAGAUUGCACUAAGAAGUACUGUGAUUGUUUUAAACUGACCUAUGCUGUCUUUGCGUACAUCGAAUACUUUUAGUUGAACAAAUGUGGUAAGCACUUGCAGGUGUAUUAGUGAUUGUAAUUUACAUUUAAAAACAAAACUUCUGAUUAAAGUGUUAGUCUGAUGCA